AUGAAGCUGCAAACCAUCCCCAGGCUUGAACUGUCAUCUGCCUUGCUGCUAGCCCACGUGUACGUAGCAGUUUCAAAAAGUAAUCCGAGUUCGUUUGAGGCCUAUUUUUGGACGGACUCUAUGAUUGUCCUGUACUGGCUAGCUUCUAUUCCAUCACGGUGGCAGAUGUUUGUAGCGAAUCGAGUGUCCGAAGUGCAGCAUUUGACGAAAAAAGGACAGUGGAGCCACGUCCCUGGCAUAGAUAAUCCAGCCGAUUUAAUAUCACGAGGAGCAACUCCAGAGCAGCUCAAGAACUGUUCCCUCUGGUGGAGCGGGUCUAGCUGGAUGCUGAAAGACAAGUCGAGCUGGCCAACGACGAUCGAGGUCUCCAGAUCGCAAGUAGACGAAGCGCUGUUAGAGGAGAACGUACAAUCAGAUCAAACUGUUGCUGCGGUAGUCAACAUUGAAGAGUUUAACGCUAUCUUCACUCGGACGUCGUCGUUCCAUACGCUAGUGAAUAUUGUUGCAUGGUGGAUCAGAUUCAAGGAUAACACGCUCCAAGCAGACCGCUCAAAAAGACGUAUUGGACCGCUUACACAUGCUGAUCGAGAAGAGGCCAUUCGCAGACUCACGCUUAUCGCUCAACGAGAAUGCUUUGGUCAAGAGAUUGCGGAUCUGAGCAGAAGAGAAGAAGUGAAAACUACAUCCCGCAUCGUUUCAUUGAAUCCACGGCUGGUGGAUGGCAUAAUUCGAGUCGGCGGCCGGCUGGAGAAUGCUCCAAUCUCGGCGAAUAGAAAGCAUCCCAUCAUCUUCGACAUUAAUCAUCCUCUGUCAUUGCUUAUACUGCGUCACUACCACAAGCAACUUCUUCAUGCCGGUCAGCAGCUAUUGAUCGCCAGCGUAAGGGAGAUAUAUUGGAUUCUUAGCAUCAGAAGCCUGGCACGCAGAGUCAUUCACGAUUGUGUUACAUGUUUUCGUAACAAACCCAGCGUUCAGGAACAGCUAAUGGCUGAUUUGCCGGCAAUUCGAGUGACACCUGCGCCACCAUUUCUUCGAGUGGGCGUGGAUUACUGUGGCCCCUUCCAAGUUAAUUACCCAAUCCGGAAGAGGGUCAUGGUCAAAUAUUUCGCGGCAAUUUUUGUCUGUCUGGUGACUAUUGCCGUCCAUAUUGAGAUGGUUGGCGAUUUGACUACUAUGGCCUUCAUAAGUGCUCUGAAGCGAUUCACCGGCAGAAGGGGCAUCCCAGAAGUCAUUAUGUGCGAUAACGCAACCAAUUUUGUAGGAGCGAGACGCAAACUGGAUGAACUCCAGCAGCUCUUCAUGACGGAGCAAGCGCAGAAAGCAAUCGUGUCCACAGCAGCCGACAAAGGAAUCGAGUUUCGCUUCAUUCCUCCCAAAGUCACCGAAUUUCGGUCGCCUCUGGGAGGCUGCUGUAAAAUCGAUGAAGCACCAUUUAAGAAGGAUAAUCGGUUUGAAGAUCGUAACUCCAGACGAAUUGGAGACCAUUUUGGUGCAAAUCGAAGCGUGCCUUAA